AGCUGGCAUGGAUGUUUUUCUCAACGUGCUGAGUUCACAACUUCCCUGCAAUUUUGACAUAAUUGGCUCAUAAUUAGAACCAAGCUUGAUCCCUCCCCCGCCUGGGAUUUAGGAAUUAAGAAUCAAUGAAAGGACCUCUGAACAUAGGCAGAGUGCGCUCCCCAUAUCCAUGAACAUUUGCAGCUGGGAUUUCCAGUGUGAUGCCACAGUCCCCAGUGCUUCCACCAAGCUGUCCUGUGAGCCUAGGCUACAUUACAGACCCUGAAUCUCUGGAGGGGCAGUUACUCAGGCAUGCUAUUGAGGGCAAGGGCAAGAAAGCCAAGAUACUGCUGAAGAGAGGUGUGGAUGUGGACUGCCACAAUGCAUCCGGGCAGACAGGUUUGUAUCUUGCUGCCCUACUGAGACACGUCCCGGUAGUCCGGCUAUUUCUGCACUUCGGCGCCAACCCCAACCACCGUUGUUAUGAUGGUAGCACCCCAGUCCAUGCAGCUGCUAUCUCAGGCCACCAGAAACUUCUGGGCCACAUCCUGAAAGCUGGAGGUGACCUAAGAUUCCACGAUCAAAAGGGGCAGACCCCUAAAGACUGGGCCCAGCUAGCUGGGAGUGAGCAGAAUGCUGAGGUCCUGGAUUUCAUCCAGCGGUGCUUUGGCCAGAUGUCUAUGCUGGUGCAGCACGGGGACCUGUUGAUGUAUUCCAAAGCUCUAGCAGCAUCGCCACGCAGCCUGCGCUCGUCGCUCUCCUCGCUCUUAUCUGCCUCCCUCUGGCAUUUGGACGGCUCCAAUAGGUUGGGAAGCAGCAAGGAGACAGCUAUCGGAUACAGGCAACUGUGCCCAAGCAAGUGCCAGCAGCCCGGGGUUGCUGCCUUCACGUUCAUUGCAGACGACAGCGAGCUGCUCCGAGGUCAUGGAGAACCAGACUGGAGUUACCAGAACGGACCACACACACUCAUGAAGAACUUGCUGUGGAAUGGGCAGUUUGUCACGGUGCGAAGCUUAAAGCCGGAAGCCCAUCCCCACUGCAGUAAAAUGCGUGGCGCCCUGGACUUGCUCCUCGCUGAACAAAAAUACUGCAGCCAGCUCCACCACCCCCACCUUCUGCUCCUCUUGGCCGUGAGCCCAUCUCUGGACCUGCAAAACCUCCAGCUCGUCUUUGAGAGGGUGGGCAUGUGUUCCCUCUACUACGCCUUGCACUGUGAGAAGUCUAGCUCCCCAGCUCCCUCGGCGACUCUGCGUUUGCUGCUGCAAGUCUCCGAAGCGCUCUUGUUCCUGCACUCUCGGGGUUAUAUUCACCGGGCUGUGACCUCCCAUGCAGUUCAGCUGGUGAGACCUGGACUUGCCAAGCUCAGCAACCUCGAGCACAUGCAGCAGAGCAGGGCGGAGAAAAACAGGUUAGCCCAGCCUAUUCCUCCAGCCCCUGCUCUCUACAACUGGCUGCCCUUGGAAGUCAUCAGAGAGCGCCCGGCUUCCGUGAACUCUGACCUCUUCAGCUUCUGCACGGUGAUCCAGGAGAUCUUUACAGGGGAAGUUCCUUGGGGUGGUUUGGAUGGCCUCGCUGUGAAGGAGAAGAUGGAGGCAGGGCAGUCUCUCCCGGCUGAUGCCCGUGUGCCCCAGCCUCUCUAUGAGGUGGUCAAAGGCGGCACAGCCUUGAAGGAACGCGAUCGGAAGGGUACUUUCCCCGACUUACGCUAUGUUUUGCGGGCAGCCCAGCAGGAUGCCUCAGGGGGCAUCCCUCUCGUUUCAUCAGCAGCAUCGACUCCCAAGAAGCUCUGUCUGUGGGCAGGGCAGGCUGAGUCAGACGAAUCAUCCCUUCCAAUAAUUCCUGAAGAGCCGCCAUACUUUGAGGUGGAGACUCUCAGCCGGAGUGCAGAACAAAGCACUCCCAAUGCCCAGCCUGAAAGUGAGACAACCAGACAUGCACAGGUAACAGAUGACCAAGGCAGAAUAAUGGUGCUGCAUUUGGAGGGUACAGAUUCUUGAAGCUUCAGGAACUCCUUUCUUCUUCUGUGGAGGACCAUAUUCUGGCACAAGCUGCUCCCACCAUGUGAUUCCCUAGGAUGGGCUGUCAUAGCAUAGGCUAAGAGGGACCCUGACCCAAAGGCAGAGCUAGCUGCUCCAGCACCCAGAGUGGUCCGAGGGGCAGGGCUAGCCGCCCGUGGGGGUGCGCCAGCAUAGCAUCCCAGGGGGUGUGACAGGGAGCACCCUAGGGGGGUGCGGCGGCAGCGGGGGGCGUCCUGGGGGGGGUGCCAGUGGUGGGGAGAGUCCCAGGGGGCCGCCCACAGCAAUGUCCCCCCCCCUCAGGGAUGACACCAUGGGCAGGCCGCACCCACCUUUCUCUGCCUCUGUUCUGACCUCUAACUCCACCGUUAGUUUGCGUUCAUAGUGUAUAAAUCUGAUAGGGUCACCAUAUUUCAAAAAGUGGAAAUCUGGACACAAAAGUUGUUGGGCUUCCCCCCCCACUUUUUUGCCGAUUUUCAGAAAUUCCGCCCAGUCACUAUUUCCACGUGUAUGGCAGCUCCAAUUUUGACAAAACAGGAGUGGAAAUUGCCAGUGCAGGAGUCAAUCCAAUGAAUAUGGUCAGCAUUCACUCUUGCCAAAAGAAGUGUAAUUGAUUGCAUAAAUUUGCAUUGGCUUCCCUUUGCCCUGAAAUGAACGGGGCGG